AUUUGUCAGAUAAUAUCAUAAGGAGAUUUAAAAAAAUAGAAUUUAAACUAACAUGUACGUUAAUCUAUUUUGCAAUUUUUCCAUUUUGCCAGAUUCCUUAUAUUUUCUAUUAGAAAAUUUCUAUAGACUAGAAAAAAGCAAAGACAAUGGAGGAAUUCAAACUUUAUAAAGAAACAGAAAGCCAAAUUCAUGAAGCUUUAUAUGAUAAUCUCUCCCUUUUAUCUGCAUUUUAUCCUAUGACAGAAAAAUUCUCUUUAGUGUUCCGAAGGGAUAUGUUUGUAAAAAAUAACAAGGCAGCUUUUCAUGAAGUGAUUUAUUACCUCCUGCAAAUCCUGGAUCCUGUGAAAGCAGGGGAAAUUUUCUCCAGCUGGCCUUUAAUUGAUCUUAAAGAAGAACCGAAAUUUAGAAAUGAUUUAUUGGCUUAUGUAAAUACUUUAAAUACAGUUUAUCCAAACACAGACAUUCCAAAGUGUCAAGCUUCAAGCUUAAUAUCACCAGGAGGGUUUAAUUUUGCUUUCUUUAUGCUAAAGAUUUCACAACUUGUAAUUUUUGAACAUUUAAGGCAAAAUGGUCAAACGCCUUUAUCCCAAAUAAAAGGAAACCAUCAAAUUUCGUCGCCUAUUAAAAUUCAAGAAGAGAAUUUAAAAAAGGAAACCAUGUACAUCGAGAGUAUAACCAGUGAACUUUUCGAGGAAUUUAAGAAAAAAUUGAUAAGCAGCAGAGAGAGUGGCCUAGAGAUAACCGAACAGAUUAAAAUGUCAGACCAAGAUAUUUGCACUAAGAGAAAAAAACUUAAAAAUGAUAAAGUAGAGUUCAUUAAGAAGUUUCCCAAGUACCCACCAUUGGCAAGCUUAGAAAAUGAAAUAAUGCAAUUAAAGAGUCAAAUAGAUAAAAUCAUUAAUUUAAGUAAAACAUUCCAAUUAAAUGAAAAUCUUUUAAAGUGGCUAUGUGACACAAAUGUAACUUUGGAAUAUAAUGAAGAAGCAUUUGCUGCUUCAGAAGAUGUUGCAAUAAUUAUCACUAGUAAAAAAGAGCUUGACUUGUGUCAGUAUUUCCAGGCUCUCCUCGUCUUUCUGGAAAAGAAAUCAGUAGAGUUUCAAAGGCCUAUUGACUUUGAGGCACUAAAACUUACUAGAGCAGAUAUACAGAGUCAGAUUAAGAAAAAUGAGGAUAUUUUGAAGAAAUUUAAGAUAGAAGGCGAACGAAUUAACAAGAUCUUAGAUUACCUUAGUGAAAACAAUUGAUUGUAAGAAUAAGUAUUUGUUCAGGUUAAUAUUUUGUAAAUUAGUUAUUUUUAAAAAACAUUAUAUGGUUAGGAACAUUAA